AUGAGCUCUGCCGAGUGCUACGGAGCACCACCGCCCAACUACUACUCUGACUGGACGACGCCAUCAUACUAUGCUGGCGCGGCGCCCUCCUACUCCCCAAUCAACCAUCAUCACCAUCCAGCAGACAUUUGGGCCGCCCAUCCAUCGAACUACGCCUUGGGAGGAACGGGAUCCAACGGGACCAUCUCUCCACCGGCUCCUGGCGCCAAUGCCAGAGGCUCACCAUCAUCGAAUUCGUCAGUGGAAAUGCCAGCAGGGGUGACGGCGUCACAGCAUAAUACCUACAAAUGGAUGCACACCAAGAGAGUUCAGAGACCAGUUGUUCCAAAAAAGAAGGUGAUCGAUGAGAAUGGCACGAAUCGCACCAACUUCACAACACAUCAACUCACAGAGCUCGAAAAAGAGUUUCAUACGGCGAAAUAUGUGAAUCGGACACGACGGACCGAGAUCGCGUCGAAUUUGAAAUUGCAGGAAGCACAGGUCAAAAUCUGGUUCCAAAAUCGUCGAAUGAAGGAAAAGAAGCGCGAAAAGGAAAAGGCUUUUCUGGCUCGAAACUCGUGGGAUUCCGCCUCGCCGGGCAGUGUGGAAGACUGCAAAGGAUUCAAGUGA